ACUGCCGCACUGCCAAUCCCCGGCCCACGGGCCCCGGAGGCCUAGUACAGGCAGCUCCGCCCCCGCGGCUGGAGCGGAGGCGAGGCAAUCACCCGCCGCUCCGCAGAGCCGUCCCUUCCCGCAGCCGGAAGCGUGUGUCGGAGCCGUACCCCGGAGCCAGGCGAGCCGCUCUAGGCGGUUCCGGUGGGCCGGCAUGGAGGAGCGGAGGUACCGCUCGGCGUCCGGGGGACCCAUCGCGCUGAGGGCUCGCCAGCACAGCGCCUCCUGCCGGGAGCUGGCGGUGCGCUGCCCCCGCCUGCAGCUCCGCUCGCUCAGCGCCGUCACCUCCGCCGUCUGGCUGGCGGCCUACGGGCUCUUCGUGCUCAGCCAGAAUAGUAUGGUGCUUUCUGCUGCUAUUUUCAUCACACUGAUUGGCCUGAUCAUAUACCUGCAUUUUGUGAAAAUUGACCAGGAAUCCCUGUUGGUCAUCGGCUCACUCGGCAUUCAGGUGACUUCAUCCUAUGCAUCAGGGAAGGAGAGCACAACCUUCAUUGAGAUGAGUCGUGUGAAGGAUGUGGUUAUAAAUGAAGCUAUCCAUAUGCAAAAAGUUAUCUACUACUUGUGCAUCCUCCUCCAGGACCCUGGAGAUCCUCAGGGAGUGUCUGAGGUUGUGCCACUUUUUCAGAGCUCCAAGCCACGUCUGGACUGCUUGAUAGAAGUGUACAAAAGUUGUCAAGAAAUCCUGGAGCAGAGGAAGACAACUCCACCAUCAAAUGGAAUAAAAUAGUAAAAAUAAUUUAAAACAUCAAGGCAGCAAACUUGGAGCAGGACUCAGAGAAAUACAUGGAAAAGUAACCACAAAACUGCCCUGUGGCUUUUUAUAUUUACAUGAGUGGUGCAUAAGUACAGUGACGUUAAGGCCAAAGGCCUGCAGACUCACAGAAUUGUUACAGAAGAUGGCAGCUCAGCACAGGAACAAACCUUGAAAUCCUCUGCUCUGAAAACAGGUGAUCAGAACUUUUUAGACUCAUACAGAAGCAUUUUUUUCUUGCCUCUCCAGGAAAGAGUUAUGGGGAAAUAAGGCAAAGGGAGGCAAGAAUAUGUGUCAGAUGUUUAGUCUUUUGUGGAUCUGAAAAUUAUGCUUAAAUAAUAAUUUAACCCUUGCCAUACUACCAAAAAUGGGCUUUUUUGUUUGUUUCUAUUUAACCCUUUGUUUGAAAAAAGCAUGUACCACUCUAAAUACCAAAAUUGAUGUUUGGGCUGGGAUAGUAACUUCCUGAUCCACAGGAGAAUUUCAGAAACCCCCCCCCCAGAAAAUUAAAAUAUGCUGUUGCACUAUAUUAUGUUUAAUGAAAUAAACAUAGGAGGGCAGACUUUGCUCUCUAGGGAUUUGCUUGAAAGAGUCCCAUGGGAUGGGGCUCUGGAGGCAAGAGGGGUCAAACAAAGCUGAUCAUAGUCAAGGAUCACCACCUGUAAGCUCAAGGACAGUCCAUCCUCCUGAGCAGGAAGUCAAACAGAAAUUCCAGGAAGCCUGCAAGGAUGAACAGGUUGCUCCUGCUGAAACUCCGGACACAAAAAGGCACCAUACAGAAGCUUGGAAGCUUCUUCCCUGGUGGAAGCAGGGACAGAUAACAGAUAACCUUGGAGGAAUACAGCAACACUGCCCAUGAUGCAGUUAGGAAAGCCAAAGCCCAUCUGGAUUUGAAUCUGAGGGAUGUCAAAGGCAACAAGAUGGACUUCUCUAAGUACAGAAGUAGACCCAUUGCUGAAUGGGGCAGGGGUAUGGUGACACAGGACAUGGAACAGAAGUGGCAUUAAAAGCACCACAUCAAUUGCUCUGAGAAUAUGAGGAAAAUGCAUUGGUGAAAAUAAUGGUAAUGACUAUGUGAAUGAAGUUUCAUUGGUCUGUGCUCUCACAGGGGUAAGGUUGGGAAAUUCUUUGUUGAUGAGCUGAAAGUUACUGUCAUCUUUAGCUGGGAGUUUCCUAUUUUUUUUCAUGACUCCUUACUAAUGUAGCUGAGAAUUGAAAUUUCAAAACAAGAGCUAAACCAGCACAUUGGCAGGAGUCUGGUGUCAUGCUUAAUUUGCAGACAGUGCUGUACUAUGCUUGUCUACAUCCGCUGUAAUUAAACUGUGCCACAUUCUGUCAUGCAAUGUGGGAGAGAGAAGGUUAUUUUUUCUUCCUCACGGUACCAUGAAGCUUGCAAGACACAGGUUAGCUCAUGGCACAGGAAGCAUCCUGGUGAUCCAAGUGAAAGGCAGCAGCUUCAGGGUGUGCCACUGGCUUUGAGGUAACGUUGUCUAGGUUACUUCAUUUUUUAUGGUUUUCUUUCUCAUAAAUACGUCAAAUGUUCGGGUUUGGCCAGAUUUUUAAUUCCAGUGCCACCGUAAUGUACGUUGGUAGGUCUCUCUGGACUUAGUGGAGCUGCACCCUGAUGCAAACUGUGUUUGGUUGCAAGUCCAGGCAGAACUGCAAAGGAAGGGUGCUGGGGCAAGGGCAGAAAUCAGCCAUUAACAGAGGCAGCAGGCCUUGGGAGUGUGACUGUGUAAAGGGCUGUGUGGUACACCUGAGCUGCAUAUGGCUCAGAACAUGGUUUGAUCAGGUUGUUCUGCUUCAGGAUGACGAGACAUGGUCAAGGCCCUUGAUGGCAGCAGGCAAGUAUGCUUGCAGUAUGGCAGCAGGAAGAUUCACUGAGCCAUAGGGAGAACAUGUUAGAAACAAAUUAUGUCUCAGCAAAGUGGUCAGAGUUUUGGGCUCAAGUGUGUUGGGAACAUUGACUAUACUGUAAAAGUCCCAUGAAGUCCUGAGAAUGUGGACUGCAGAAAUGACCAAGUAGCUAUGUACAGGAGGAAGCCUGAAGAUUUUAGAUAUCUUGUGAAGAAGUGACCAUCUUGUGCCCAUGGGAGUGCGCUUUAGUUAUCCGAAACAAGAGUAAGACUAGAGCAGGUUUCCAUCAGGUAUGAGCCUGGAUACCAGACACAAUCGCUAUCCAUUUUUGUUUACAUUGAGCCUGUUUUGGGUUUUAAAGUCGUUUCUUCAUUCUGAGAAUAAUACAGUUGAAUUCAUGAUAACUGCAUUUUAUUAAGGACAAAUGGAAAUCUCACAGUAUCUCCCAGCCUUUUACAUACACACAGCAGUUAGGAAAACAAAGACUUUUGUCAUCUCAUUCUACGCUGCAGCAACAGUCAUUGCCAGAAGCAUUGAUUAAAAUCAAAAUAGUUUUCUCUACCAAAGAAUCAUACAAAAUAGAUAUCUAUAGAGGACUGGUUAGUUGAAAUCAGUUGAGCUAUAAAUCAUAGAAUAGUCAGGGCUGUAUGUGCAUCCAUCUGAGUGGGGUAGUCCCUGAAAGACUCAAGUAUUGGUGAAGAAAAGUUCUGUAUGUCACACUUAUCUAUUUAAAGUGCAUUUAUGGCAGAGAAUACUGAGCUUCAUGACAGCUCUUGCUUAUUCAACACUUUGUUGGCCCCUGUGCAAGUCUCUAAGGACAGUAGUGUUAGCACUGUAGGGCAAGUACAGCCUCUGAACUGUGAGCUGGAGACGUUUAUGCCUUGAGCAUCCCCAGCAUUGAUGGCAGCGCAGCUUAUGUUGACCCCUCUGAACUGUGAGCUGGAAACAUUUAUGCCUUGAACAUCCUCAGCACUGAUGGCAGCGCAGCUUAUGUUGACACAGCUUUGUUACUGGUGGGAUACAAGCAGCAGGCUGCCAACAGACCUUCAGGUAGAGGAGAGGUUGUCAGGCACAGGUGACUGAGGGAGGAGGAAUAAUGCUCUCUGUAUUCAAACUGAUGUGUGUGUGCAGGAGAGAAAAUAUGUACACAGUCUAUCAGGAUAUACAGUCACUUAAAAGUAUCAAAGGGGAAAAAAAAGACUAAAUACCUUCUCAACAUUGUUUUUGGCUCAGAAAGCUUCUACCCUUUUCCAGAUCUUCAAGGGAUGCUCAAAUUCAUAACAAGUGGAUACAUGACAGUAUGUGUAAAGUAUGUGUAAAUCAGGUUUGUGUUCAUACAAUCCUUUCUUGCCAUAUUGUUUCCAGAACCCACCAUGGGGUGGUUUGGGUUUUUUUUGUGUGGGUUUGGUUUUGGUGGUUUUUUUUUUUAUGUUACAAAGAUGCUGAUAAGGGAUGGUUUAGAAUUGCUUUUGUCUGUCCAACGUUCUUCUCUUUUAAUUUGUAGCUUUGCACCCAUCAUAGGCAUGAAAUAAAAUCUUCAUGAAGUAUCA